GCUGAUACCGCUACUAGCCAACAAACACCAACACCAACCUACAAUACCACUACCCACAUAUACACCACCUAGACACACAGGCCUUAAACGUCCGACAAAGGAAACUAAAUAUACCCGUGUCGCCCAACUUCAAAUCCAAUUCUACCCUCUCCUACAAUGACUACCACUACACCAACUGAGGCAAUGCCACACCCCAUCCUCACACCAAUCAUUGGCAAACCUGACCAGAGGAAGCUAUCCCUCCUCAUCUCUCAGGUUCUUGCAAACACCAGAGCUAUCUCCAGUGAGGACGGUGAUGGCAGAUUAGGCCACGCCUACAUCAUUCUUGGCCAAGCAGCCUACACUGCAGCAUCCCAAGGCAACGUUGCAUUCGUCGUCCCGAUCAAACCAGACAAACCCGUACAUGCUGCCAACGCCACCCAAGCACUCAUGUACCGCCACGACCAAACCUACAAAAAUGAACUGGAUGCAUGGAAAAUAUACCACAAAACAGAGGACCAAAUCCUCCAGCAGAUUUUGAACGCCGUUAACGACACUUACACAAAGGCACUCAAAGAUCGCAUGUGGGGAUACGGCAACAACAGCCCAUUUGACAUCAUCACCCACCUGGUGACCACAUACGAAGGCACCGGGGAUGCCUUAUGCAACGCUGUCAGCGCCGUAGUAGCCACUCUACACGCCACUGGCCUAUUCAUUCAUCCCCUCCGAGAAUGGAACAAGCCUACACCAGAAAACCGCACCCUCACCCCCUUCAAAGAAUUCUUUCGUGAUGCCGAAAUUGUCCGCCAGACCGAAACCACUGUCAGCGCCGAAGGCUACCACCAACGAGCCAAAGCAACUAUCACGGACACCCAAACAGUUAUCACCGGGACUUCUACGCUCAACCAUCCACAACUGAUCGACAUAGCCACGAUCACCAGGAUCCUCCAAGAGUCACUUCGAGAAACCCAAGCAGCAAACGCAACCACAACCACCCCAGCCGAGUCGCCAGCCGGACGCUCCGACAGAGCUAACACCUCGAUCGUUGGUCUUACGGCAGCCGAACUCGAUGCGAUGGGAUGGUGCUGGACUCUCGGUUACUGCCAUAACCCUGCCCACAACAGUGAUACGUGA